CUGCGGCUUCGGUGCCCUCGCCCAACAUGGCGGCCCCUUGUGCCCGCCCCCUCAGCUUCCUCCGGUCGGAUUACUGCAGCGACAACUCAGUCCUUAUGGCCGCGGCGGUUUCUCGUGGGCUCCGCGACUUGCUCACGCGGCGACUGACUGCCCCCACUCACCGGAGCCUCCGCCUCAGCCUUCGCCCUAUGGGCUCUUCCACCCAAGAUGAGGCCUCCCGAGCAGCCCCCAUCAAAGCCCCAGACCACAACUAUGAGUCCCUGUUGGUGACAUCUGCCCAGAAGCACGUUCUACAUGUGCAGCUAAACCGACCAGACAAGAGGAAUGCCAUGAACAAGGCCUUCUGGAGCGAAAUGGUGGAAUGCUUCAAUAAGAUAGCGCAAGACAGUGACUGUCGGGUCGUGGUGAUCUCUGGAGCAGGAAAAAUGUUCACUGCAGGUAUCGACCUCGUGGACAUGGCUUCAGACCUCCUGCAGCCCCACGGGGAUGAUGUGGCCCGUAUCAGCUGGUACCUCCGAAACCUCAUAACCAGAUACCAGGAGACUUUCAACGUCAUUGAGAAGUGUCCCAAGCCUGUGAUCGCAGCCAUCCACGGGGGCUGCAUUGGCGGAGGUGUAGACCUUGUCACCGCCUGCGAUAUCCGGUACUGUGCCCAGGACGCUUUCUUCCAGGUGAAGGAGGUAGACGUGGGUUUGGCUGCCGACGUGGGAACGCUGCAGCGGCUGCCCAGGAUCAUCGGGAACCAGAGCCUAGUCAACGAGCUAGCCUUCACCUGCCGCAAGAUGAUGGCUGACGAGGCGUUGGGCAGCGGGCUGGUCAGCCGGGUGUUCCCCAACAAGGAGGCCAUGCUCGAUGCUGCCUUCGCCCUGGCGGCUGAGAUUUCCAGCAAGAGCCCAGUGGCCGUGCAGGGCACCAAAGUCAACCUCGUCUACGCUCGUGACCAUUCGGUGGCCGAGGGUCUCAAAUACAUGUCGACCUGGAACAUGAGCAUGCUGCAAACCGAAGACGUCGUGAAGUCUGUGCAGGCCUUAAUGGAGAAAAAGGACCUGAAGGAUGUCGCCUUCUCCAAGCUCUGAACGUCCUUAUGGCCCUGGACCAGAGUUGGCACGGUCCCACUCCAUACUUGGCCUUCCUCAUCCGCAGAGCGGGAGGUUCGGCGAACAUGGUAGUCUCAAUGCUUCCUCACCGUCCCCCAGUUUACACCUUUAUGAGGCUGAUUUCAUCAAGCCCAGUGCCUUAUCUUCACCCCAUGAACAAUAAACAAUGUAAAGAA